AUGGCCGCCUCGCGGACAAAGCGUGACCCAAACGGACUGGAAGUGGAAGUUGGGGUCCACCAACCGAGUGGGGGUCCACCAACCAAGCUGGAAGAAUUGCCAGUUGCCAGUUGCGAGUCCAUCAAUCAUUUAGCUCCCAUCUCCAUCGCCGUCCCCGACUCCAGUUUCAUAUCCAGCGGAUCCACAGAUAUACAGAUCCAAGAAGCGGUUUCAUUAACAGCCGCUCGUCAAGUGGUUUUUCGGGCUCAUUGUUGCAUUUUGUCCUACGAUCGCCGACGGCGCAGCCUUCAAAGGCAUUCCACUGGCCAGUCGCUUUAUCUGCAUUCAUCAGUCGCCAAACAAAACAAGUCAACUGGCUUCAUUUGUAAUGGAUCUCUCUCCAUCUCCAGCUCCAGCUCCAUCCGCGGAUCCACUGGGAUCCUGAGCCGCCGAUGGAUCUGCGGAUGGAGCUGCCCAAGUUGGAGGCGGCAGCGCAGUAGUCAGGGCCCUGAUUGCCUGGCAUUAAUCAUCCAGAGUCGGCGAAUGGAGUUGGGAGUGGAUCACCAAAAGUACACUCGAAAAAUGGCAGAGAAAACCCUUUAA